GAACGCCUUAAGGGAUAAGGCCUCUCUUCCUUCGCCUCUUCUUUCAUUCGCGCUUUCCUUCGUUUCGAAAGAAGAGCUCCGCGAAGGGCUGCAUAAGGUAGAACAAUGAGGACGAUCGUGUUCACGGCUUGUCCGCUGGAUAAUCGUCGUCGUCCGUCGCUCUUAAUUUACGUCAUCUUGGCCGUCAUCUUGCCGAUCCACGUAUCAGCCGAAGCUCAAAAGAACGAACACGGGAACACGUACGUGAACCCAGGAUUCUCGAAGAACAUGGAGGAAUCGAAAGUUUCCAUUGUCGACGGCGAGAACAAGGAUUCGAAGGCGAAAUCUAGCGAGGAUCAGCGAGACGAAGAGUCGGCUAAAUCCACAGACGAGAACAGUCCAGCAUUAAAUAAGUUCCUACAAGAUGUUCUGAAGGCUCAAACCGAUUUAAAGUGGAUAGAUCAAGCACUGCGUGAUGUUAAUCGCGAGAAGGAUUGGAAGAAGAACAGUCAAAACGUUAAUAAAUUACGCGAGAAAAGAGACUCUAGCGAGAACUACGAAACUACACGGCAGUUGAAUAGAAAUACGUACAGAGAUGAAAAUCCUCUGGAACUUUCCCACAGAUUGCGUUUUGAUAAUGACAUGACGUUCGAGAGGAACGUCGAUCUCGAUGACGUCGAUGCGUAUGAAAAGGGAAUAGAUUCUUUGGACGGUGACAAAGAAGCAAACACAGAAGCGGGUAGCGCGUUGAUCGUGAGAAAUCAACGAGCCGAAACGAAGAAGAACGAGGCGACGUCGCUGGAAUCUCUCAGAGAAACGAUAUUAGAACUAAAAAAAAGCCUGAAUGAAACUGACAAAAAACGGCGCGAGAAUUCCAAAAAUUUGGAUACUUUGAGUGUUAAAGAAAAGCAGAGCAACAAGCAGGAACAGAAGAAGCGAACUGCUGGUGGAAGAAGCAACUACCAAAAAAGUGAAAACGACGACGAAAGAAACUUCGGCUGGUGGGAAAGUCUAGGAGCAGAAAGGUUGAAUUUAAAAAAGCGUGAGCCAAGCACCGAGGAUCUUGAUGAGAAGAAUGCUCAUCUGAAAGUGUGGAGAACGAAGAGGACUGGAGUUAAUAACGACGAUGGUAACCCGAAACUCUUUCAUAGAGCGGGGUUUGGGGACCCGUACCUUGAAGAGGACACGCUAAAAGAGCUUCAUGACCGUAAAAGACGUAGCAAAGGAACGCCGUCAGAUGAGAAACGUCAUUUAAACGAAGCUCAGGAUGGAAACAAGUCGGCAGCUGAUGAGAAAAAUUCCAUAAAAAUAUCAAAGACAUCUGGCUGCGGCGUCGCGGAUGCUUCCGUUAAAAUAGAAUCUUUGUCGAAUGAUUUGCAAGCGAGGAACGCUUUCGAACGUGAGAGCGAAUUAACGAAUAAUCCGGCAGAUACCGCGGCUUCCGACGUCUCAAAGGCGGCCACGGAUGAGAGUAAAAACACGGAAACAGGCGGAAAUUGCGAACAAUCGGAUCUAUCGCGGGAAAAUCAGAACGCGAUGGAAAACAAGUUGAUGAAGAACAAAGAAAAGGGUGAAAGUCCCGAGGGAAAUUCUUUGCAAACCUUCGAAUCCACGGCGAAUGAACUGCAGGCUGCUUCGUCUACCGAAACCUCGAAUCAAGAAAAUGUCGGCUCGAGCAAGGGAGAACAGGUGAUCAAAGUCUUUGAACCUCAGAGGCAUUUGCGCGAAGACAACGAACGGACAAAAGAAGUCGAAGAAACCAACGACGAGCACGAAGAAUCGUCUCCGCAGGUGAGGAAGUCUGCCAAAGAUUCAGGAAAUAUUAAUAUCCUGUUCAAGUCAGAAAACAAGAAUCUGAUCGAGUUCAGUAACGCGGAUGACGAUAAAAAAUUACCGCACGGUGGUCAAUCGCCGUUUGUGUUGAAUAUAGUUGACGUGAAGAAGAAGACGAUCGUGGAGAACGAGCAGAAAGGUGGAAAAUCGGUUUCGAUGCUUUACAACAUGAAGUUACACACGUCGCAGGUCGAUAAGCCUGUCGAAGGUGCGAAUAAACGAGAUGCAGAGCCGAGAAACGACGAAGUUCCGGUUGGUAGCGUGGUGCUUGAUUUUCGGAAGAAUAAACUUAAGGAAGUGCCAUACGAAGACACGCCCGCGUCUACGAACACGAUGAAAGAAAGGAACGUGGAUGAGAAACGACUUGAGAACUCUGCAGACCUCGACAAAGGAACGGAACAAAGCGGCGUCAAUGAAGAAGGAACUCGAAACUGGUUCGGAGAGGCAGCUCGUAAUCAGAUGGCUAUGAACGUCGAUCACGGUGCAGCUGAGAAAUGUAAUGACCUAGGCGGAAAGGAUAAAUUUACGAACGCAGAGGGGCGGUUUAACGACAAUAAAGAGAAGGGAGACUCCGUUCAGGGAUCUAAUAAGGAGGCAGAGUCGAACGGAGCGAAUAAAGAAGCAAGCAAUAAGAAAUAUAGAGAAAUAUUCAUAAUGACCAAUGGAAUGGACGAUAGGAUAAUGAAUGAUAAAUAUGGUCAGAGAAGAAUAUUGCAGUAUAUGGAGUACUCCAACGACGAUGUCGAAGAUGCCGAUGCGAAUUACAGUGACAAAGAGGAAGAGGAAAAUCAACAUCAGGCUGCUGCAGAAAAAAGCGACGCAGCAACACGAAGGAAAGAACGAGCAGCGUACAGCGACAAAAAGAAAGAUAAAGUGAAUCUGUUGAUUAAAGAGAAAAUCGACAAAAAGAAGAAACCUCGCCAGAGAAAAAGACGUAAUCCGAGUGUAAUUGAAUACUACGAUUACGAUAGCAACCUCGAGCAGCAGGAUCACGAAUCGUUGUCACCGACAAGCGAGCAACAGCGAAGUAAAAACAAUUAUCAAGACAAGAGCGCCAUCGAAUCCGACGCGGGACCUGUCGUAGACGGACAGAGCGGCGAAAAAUGUAAACCACCUAUGACGGAAAUCAAGGACGAGCAAGACGAGGCGAUACGAAAGGAGAUGAAACAGAAGGAAAAAACGGGGAACAGAGUGCCGGUGCAGCAAUUCCUUAAUCCGGCUGGAAUAGAAAGGAACGUAACGAAGAAAUCAGCGGCGACCUUAUCGACGAAAGCUAAAUUCGCGAAAGAGGAAGGAUCCUCCAGCAACCAACGACUGGGAUCAAGGUUAAACGAACCGGUGGUGGGAAACGAAGACAAGUUUUUAGACGCUGACACGAAUAACGAAAUGAUACUAAAUCCGGCAAAGUAUAUUCUCAAAGUGGAUACAAAUUCGGAUCCCGGAGCAAUCGACGAUUUCUGCGAUGAUAUCCAAUAUCUGGAUGAAAAAAAAGAAAUAGCGCCUGACAACGUGGAACCACUGUACGAAGAGUUAAAAAAAAUAUACGACUGGAACGAGGACGAGACAAAAGUAAAACCUCGAAUAAAGGGAGAUCAGAGGAUGUAUCACGAAUCUUACGGCAAAGUAGAUCCCAUCGAUAGAAUAGCGGGCGAACCGUUUAAAGAUCAAGUCGAGCCUCCGCAAGUUCGCGAUGAUCCAACUAAAACAUCCGUUUCCAGCCCCAACUUAUCGCCUCUUUUGCUCGUUUACACUGGAUCAGGGAAAUCCGAAAUUGGCGAAAGAACGUAUCCAGCCGAAUCAUCUGGCCGGCAUGAAAGCCACGCCGCGAACGUUUCCCGAAGUAAUUAUUUUGCUCUUAAAAGCACAGACGAUAUGUUUAAAGGCGGGUCGGAGCAAAGUAACAGCACCGGGGAAAAAUUACGAGGACCUAGCGCUAUCGGAACGACCGGUGAAUGGCAAACACAAAAGGUGAGCGGAGUGAGAAACGGCGGGGCCAAAGGAAAAGAUGCCGUGAGCUGGUCAUUAACGGGCCAGAAGCAAUAUAUUGACACAGAUUCGCGUUCUCCUUACGAGAACCGUAAAUAUCUGGAAUCACAGGUUCCACGUGGAUGGGAGCACGUCCAAAAUAUAGAUCGCGUGAAACAGACGAUCGUUAGCUCUAAGGACCUGCAUGAAUCUUUUGUCGAACCCCUGGAAUGGAUCGACGAUUUCGACAAAGACAUAAGGGUCAGACUCAGCAGAAGCUUGAAAACCAUCGAUUCGAACACCCUUGCAUAUAUUGAAUCUGGUACAACGAAAUAUGAAAAGAGCCCGGUUAAUGGUUUCAUCGAUAGGGCUCCGAUUGAAAAUGGAACGACGUUAAAGACUGAAGAUUCCACCAAGGUUGCUCUCGUUACCCAUCCGCCUUUAGAUAUUCAACAAUUAUUUCAAGAUGAUAGAAGAACGAAAAGGGAAGUUGGGACUCUUUAUGAUACGUAUGACGAUGACGAGGAUCGACGUAAUCGCGAUUCCGAGAGAAUGGACUAUGAUCUAUAUUCGAGCGAUAAAGAAAAGGCGAGCGACAAUUUUCAGCUAUUAAACUCGUACGAUGACACAGAUGAUGAGAAUCAGGAGCUAUUUAACUCGAAGGAUGUUGAGGAAUAUGACUACUUAGACGAUGACGGGGACGAUUACGGCGGCAUUGUUAGAAACGCAGAUUCAAAAAGAAAAGAACAUGCCGUUAAGAAGAAGAGUUAUGGUAAAGCGUUGAAAAAAAGGAAAAAGGAAGAUCAUGCCGCCAAGUCGAAUAAGAAUCGCAGAAAACGAAGACAUCGCAAGAACAAAAAGAUGACAACAAAGAAACGUAGUAAAAAACAUAAGAAAGGUACAUCGAAGAAUGGAAACCAUCAUACUAACAUUAAAAAAAGCAAGAUUACGCAGGACGAAGAGAAAGCUCAUAACGGAGGAGAGGAACAUCACGAUAGAAUUAAAGAAGAAGAUGUAAGUGAUCGAGUGAGAUUUUUUCAAAAAUGCGAACGAUAUAACAAGAUAUAG